GACCUUAUUUGGAGCNCUUCACCUNCACCUUGGAGGAGCACCUGAGGGCCCAGCUGGCACNGGAAAGACAGAAACAACCAAGGAUUUAGCAAAAGCGGUUGCCAAACAGUGUGUCGUUUUCAACUGCUCCGAUGGGCUGGAUUAUUUGGCCUUAGGAAAAUUCUUUAAGGGACUGUUAUCUUGUGGAGCNUGGGCUUGCUUUGAUGAGUUUAACAGAAUUGAUUUGGAAGUACUUUCUGUGGUUGCUCAACAAAUCCUUACCANCCAGAGAGGCAUUAAUGCAGGUACCGAGCUCCUAGUGUUUGAAGGAACAGAACUAAAACUUGACCCCACAUNCGCUGUCUUCAUAACAAUGAACCCUGGGUAUGCUGGGCGGUCAGANNUGCCAGACAAUNUGAAGGCCCUGUUCCGGACAGUGGCCAUGAUGGUGCCUGACUACGCCAUGAUUGCCGAGAUCGUGCUGUACUCUUGUGGCUUUGUGGCUGCNCGGCCGCUGUCCAUAAAGAUUGUGGCGACAUACCGCUUGUGCUCAGAGCAACUGUCCUCCCAGCAUCACUAUGACUACGGGAUGCGAGCUGUGAAGUCUGUGCUCACAGCUGCUGGCAAUCUGAAGGCACUGUUCCGGACAGUGGCCAUGAUGGUGCCUGACUACGCCAUGAUUGCCGAGAUCAUGCUGUAUUCUUGUGGCUUUGUGGCUGCGCGGCCGCUGUCCAUAAAGAUUGUGGCGACAUACUGCUUGUGCUCAGAGCAACUGUCCUCCCAGCAUCACUAUGACUACGGGAUGCGAGCUGUGAAGUCUGUGCUCACAGCUGCUGGCAAUCUGAAG